AUGUAUAGAUCAGCAAGCACUAACCGAGUCACCGAUGAUCACUUCAACUACCUUUCGCCGGCUGCGUCAUCGAAGGUGUCCACAGCCCUGAGAGCGCUGUCGCUGGAAACUAAUGAGUUGCCCGUCUAUGAACCACUCUCCGAGGCCUCUAAGAAAGAGAGAAGCCGUGCCAAAUUUGCAGAAAAUGCGGUUCAUAUCAUUCCUUUAGUUCUGCUCCUCUGUGCAUUCAUUCUCUGGGUUUUCUCCAAUCCAGAUAUUAACCUGCAAACGAAAGGUAAUUCUGGUGCGGCAAAAAUCGAAGGAUUGACAAUCGAAGGCGACGUAGAUAGCGAUGGUACUCAAACGGCAAAUUUACCCGUAGAGUUGGGAGAUCUGGAUUCAACAAAACAAGAAGAUGGCCUUCGCAAAGCUUCUAUUUUCGGGAAGGCAUCACCAUGA